GCAACUGGCUCGGCACCCUGUGAGAAGUCUCCCUCCCUCCUUGUCUGUCUCUGGGUCUCUGUCUGUUUGCAAGCCUGCGCUUCUCACCCAGGUGAGACAUUUGUGGAGUGCCUCAAUGGAACCGCGACCCCCCACCGAGAAGAUGACAGAGCCCACACCGCCAGACUCCACCACUGUCCCGGACCCGGCUGUAGUUGUGGACCCCACGGCGGUAAACGGACGGUGCGAGCAGGCGGACUCUAUACAGCAGCAGCCCAACACAGAAAAUCACGCAGAGGGCUUUAAAAUGGACCAAGAGAUGAAGAUAAAUGACAGCAUAGACGACAGAGGUCUCCUGGAGAGCAGUAUGCGUCUGAAGCCUCACGAAGCACAGAGUUACCGCAAGAAGGCUCUGUGGGUGUCCUGGGCGUCCAUCGUGGUCACCAUCAUCCUGGCCAUUGCUGCGUUCACUGUUUCUAUGAUGCGCCACAGUGCUUCAGCUUUUGGAUUUGCCUUUGAUGCCACGCUGGAUGUGUUGUCAUCUGUGAUUGUAUUGUGGCGAUACAGCAACGCCGCAGCUGUCCACUCAGCGCACCGCGAGUACAUAGCUUGUGUUAUCCUGGGUGUGGUUUUCAUCCUGUCCUCCUUAUGCAUUAUGGGUAAAGCCAUCCACGAUCUGGCCACCAAACUGCUACCAGAAGUGGACGAUUUCCUGUUCAGCGUGUCCAUUGUCAGCGGUUUGAUGUGCAUCAUAUUGGCUGUAAUCAAGUUCAUGCUCGGCAGAGUACUGACAAGCCGAGCUCUCCUCACUGAUGGAUUCAACUCACUGCUGGGGGGGAUCAUGGGCUUCUCCAUCCUGAUCAGUGCUGAAGUCUACAAGAAUGAGCCCAAGGUGUGGUACCUGGAUGGAACAAUAGGUGUCCUGAUAGGUCUGAUCAUCCUCGCCUAUGGAGUUAGACUGCUCCUGGACAUGGUCCCCCGCGUCCGACAAACCAGGAACUACGAGCGCUUUGAGUGACGGAUCACAGAGGGCGGGUUUGGGAGUGACUGGCAGGAUGGGGACUGUAGAGGCCCUCCACAGACAAUCACAAUCAGUCCUCGCGGUGCCAGCGAAGGCGUCGCUGUCUGUGCAGUUCUCCCAUUCAGAGCUGGAGUGGAAGAUGGCGUCAGUGGCAUAUUUUUAAUGUUUUACAGUUUAAUGUACAUAUGAAAUGUUCACCUGUUUUUCAGAAGUCAAAGGCGCAGUCUGCUUUUUCAUGCCUCCAUAUUUAAAGAAGGUAACAGAGAUAAGACUGUGGGGGAGGGGGUUAAUGUAAUUUUUCAAAAGUUGUACACAGCUCAGACUGCAGUGUUACGGAUGUUCAAUACCUCAGUUACAUGUCAUCACUCCGUCACGACAGAGCAGCUUGUUUUUUCCCAUGGUUCCACGAGGCCUUUGCUCAGCUGUGCUAUAAAGCUUUGCAGCACAGCAGGUCAGAGUGAUUGAUGCAGCUGAUGUAGCGGUGGAGUAUUAAUGGUGUUUACCUUUUUAUGACUAGAGAGAAGAUAAAUAUCAAUAAAAAGUCCAUUUGGCACAAGGAGCAGGUACAUAAGCACACACAUGACAGGCUCAGUGACGUGUGAUUAGCCGUUUAUAAUAUUUAUCCAGACUGCUGCAGCAACGUCCUUUUAGUGCCAGCUUACAAUCCUGGAGCAAAAAAAUAAUCUUUCUUGGCACUGAGAGUCGGGAUCUGACCCUUUUCCACUGUAACUCUAACAGAAGGAAAACAAAACGGCUGCGCUGCCUCCCAGGAAAAGCAUUUAUACAAUUAACUCGCGCCCUCUACUGACCAAAAGAGGAGACUACAAGAUGUAGGUCAUUACAUGAGAACGGUUAUCUAAUAUGCAGUUGUGCUCAGAAGUUUACACACAGUCAUCAUGGGUCUGUCAUGGUAAUUUGGCAUUUUGAACUAGGGUGGAAUGAUUGUUCAGGAUACAUGUGCAAUAAUUCAAAAACAAGAACAGGCUGCAGAGGUUUCAGUAUAUUUCAGAUUUUCUUUACUCCACGCGGGGUCAAAAGUCUACAGAGGAUCAAAUAUGUGCAAGUUGCACCUCGAGCCGCAGAAUUUGAAUUUACACUAUUAUUUUAUCCGCUUUGUGCAGUGCACGUGUGUCCCAGUAAAACAGCCUGAGAGCAUGAUGUUACCACCACCAUGGUUGACGGUGGGUACAGUGUUCUUCGGUUUGAAAGCCUCACCUUUACUCCUCCAAACAUACGUCUUGUCAUUGUGGCCAAACAGCUCAAUCUGUGUCUCUCUGACCAUAAAAUAUUCCUCCAGGAGGUAUUUGGCUCGUCCAUGUUGGCAGUCACACAUUUCACUUGUGCUUGAAGGUGUCGACUUUUUUACCAGGAGGUUCUUUCUUGUUUCAGUGAUCCUUAACAUCUCAACCAAUUUCCUCUUUCCUGAGGGUAAGAGUUGGGGUUUUCUUCCAGACCUUGGAAAAGUGGUGACACGUCUGAAUAACUAUGUGAAUAACUACGAUUCUUUGAACCGAUGAUCUUGCCGUUUGAAGUUGUUUAGAAAUGCCUCCGAGAGACCGGCCCAACUUGUGUAAAUCUACAUAAACUUGUGACCACCAACUGUAGCUGAGUGUUUGAAGCCUGACCCUGAGACAAAAUUCCCCACAUGAGACUCAUGUAAUGGUCAAAGAAAAUGACCGUCACACUAAAUGCUUCCACACUGUUGGCACUGAACUCAAUGCAGAUACAGCUUUCAUACUGAC